AUGUCGUGCAUUUCGCACAAAUACCGCGCGCUGGUGGUGUUCGCCGGAUUCUUGUGUUUGGUCGCCGUUUGCUCCAAUUAUGUCGUUUUGAAUUUCACUUUUAUUUGCAUGAAAAAUGAUUUUAGUUUUACGCGAGAUGAUCCCAAUAAUUCGACGAGACAGGCGAGCUUAUUCGAUUAUUCACCAGAUGAGAAGAAAUACCUAAUGUGGGCCGUCGCUUUCGGCACCAUUCUUGGCACAAUGCCAGUCAAUUGGCUAUUCAUUCGAUACGGAAGCAGAUGGACAUUCUUCUCGGCUGGCGUCAUUUCGAUCAUUGCCACCGCGUUCAUCCCAGUCGCUGCGCAGACCAGUUUCUUCGCGCUGCUAUUCGCCCGAUUCUGUCAGGGCAUCGCCUUCUCGGCCGAUUUCGCCGCCAUCGGUGUCGUCACCGUGCGAUGGGCGCCGCUCUCCGAGACCGCCAUAUUUCUUGGCGCGUUGACAAUGUUCACCAAUUUCUCGUCGGUGUUUACCAACGCCGUUUCGGGAUUGAUUUGCUCGAGCUACGGAUGGAGGGCGACGUUCUAUUUGCACGCGAUGUUCGGCACCGCCGCAUUCUUCCUAUGGGCCAUUGUGUACAAUGAUGAUCCGACGAUGUCGAGUCGCGUGUCAGCGGUGGAGUUGCGGAAAAUCCAAAAAAACAAAUCCGAGCAGCAUUUGGACACCAAGAACAAAGAUGUCCCAUAUAAAAAAAUUCUAACCUCGCCUGUCGUCCUGUGCAUCUGGCUCAAUGCUUACACCGAAAUGUCAAUGGUGGUCUUCCUACACACCUAUGCUCCAUUGUACUUUCACAAAAUUCUCAAGUUCAAUGUGUCUCAAACGGGCCUCUUCCUAGCUUUAGCUGUAUUCAUUCCGCUGCCUCUUAAGCUAGUCGCCGGCGUUGUCAGCGACAAAGCCAAAUGCUUCUCAGAGGGUACGAAAAUGCUAUUCUUCAAUUGUUUAUCGGUUGGACUUGUUGGCGUACUUGUCUCCAUUAUUGGAUUUGUUCCCGAAACCCACCGAUUUCUUGCGUUGAUACUCUUCACUGCCGUUUUCGCUUGUCUUUCAAUCAAUGUCGCUGCUUUUUACAAAUGCGCCGCCCUUCAUACAAGACAAUAUGCUCACGUCGUCAUCUCAACAAUCCAAUGGAUGAAAUCGAUUGCUCUAAUUUCGGGUCCCGCCCUCGUCGCCGCAAUUGUUCGAAACGAGCAAAACGCGCGACAAUGGCAAAUUGUGUUUUGCAGUUUAGGCGAAAUUAUGAUCAUCGCGAACGCCAUCUCGAUGUUCGUUUUCACUGACAAACCAGCGGAAUGGACAUUCAGCGAGCGGGAAAAAUCGAUUCGAUUCAAUAAAACCGAGGAAAAGUUGGAAGCCUAA